AUGAGCUUCUUUGUAGCGAGACUGAUGCCGGGUUCCCUCUAUGUUGAUCGUCCGAUCGCACAAGCUAUUGACUACCGCGCAGCGGAGCUCUUACUCCACUUCAAGACAGUCAUAGCCAAACCGUGGUUCGAAGUCACAGAUCCUGAUUUCACCAACGAAGCUCUUCGACGAGCCCCGAGAUGUCCUCUCCUUCUCUACUCAUUACUAGCUGUCUCCAGUAGCCACAAGAGUCGAUUCUUGGACGACCCUGACAUCGCUCAGGACUAUGCGCGAUAUGGAGAAGAAUAUCACGAGAAAUGCAUCAGUUUGUUGCUGCCCAUGCUCAAUGAUAGUGAAAGUAUUACAGACGGUGCAUUUUUAGCAUGCUCUACCAUCCUCCGAUGGUAUGAGGAGCUCAGUGCACCUAUCCACGGGAGAGAUGACGCAAGACAUUUGUUGGGAGGCUACGCGUCAGUCGCCGAGUCUUUCGAACAAGAUCUGACUUGGGAGGGAUUCAGAGGGGCAGCACUAUGGAUUCACCUGCGCCAGGAUCUUUUCAAUGCUGUCAUUAAUCAGAGGAUACCCAGAACCAAUGUCAAAGAAUUGGAAAUCGAUCGCAGUUCCUCGCCCGCAGACGAAACAAUUUGGGCCAAGCGGGUACUCUGUCUUGAGGCCGAGGUCGUUGAAUACUGUUUUGGAGGCGAAGGGUCGUCAAUUCAGCAGUAUAAAGCCCUCGAAGCUCGCUUGGAGGACUGGGACAGUCAGAAACCACAAACUUUCACGCCAGUCCUUUACCAGGAGCGCGAUCCAUCUCAAGGAGUAUCAUUUCCCUUUGUGUCUGUACUCUUGGAUAGUUGUGUAUUCGGCUUGAGCCACUACUAUUUCGCCAUGCUCAUGAUGCUUGUUCACGAUCCCCGCAUGCCGAAAGUUGGUACUCAGUAUCUAGAAUGCCAGAAGGAAAUCAGAAUAAGAAUACUGCAUUUCCUGAGAUUACUGUGUGGUCUCGCCUCUUCAAGUCCGGUACCGCCUGCCAGAGGAAUGACGUGCCUGGCCCUUUCACUGUUCGGGUCAUGGAUCACUGAUCACGCGGAACGAGAUGCGGCGAUAAAUGUCUUGAGAAAGGUAGACCGAGAAGAUGCCUGGCCAACAUCGAGUUUGCAGCGAGACUUGCAGGCUCAGUGGGAAAACAGAGACUAA